UAGGGAGAAGGUGAGCCUGGAGCAUCAUGCUUUCCACACCGCUGCUGCUGCUGCUGCAUCUGGUCCUGUUCUCAGUGGUGUCUGCAUCGCACCACUAUGGCGGAGUCAACACCUACAGCUAUGGAGGGAAAAGCUCCAAUGGGACUUUUAUAGUCCACAUUCGCAACAGGGCGACCUUCGAUGGGUGUGGCCCCCAUCAGUCCAUGUAUUGUUACAACGGUUCCUGUGGGUGGGAAGUCUACAGCAACAGAAGUGUACUUGAUUCCAGCACCAACACACCCAUAUAUAACAGGAAAUGGUGUGAGGCAGAGACAGUGACCACAAGACAUCUCACUUCCAACAAACCUUUCUCUCUGCGGUCGGCUAGCUGUUGCUGGAUUCCUACCCGGAACUACCUUGGCAAUUGGAGGCUGCUGACCACUGUGGAUUUGGGUACAAGAUCUGACACCGGAGUGCCAAACACGUCACCAGUUAUUGGCACGCUACCUUUCCUUCGAGUUCCUCAAAACUGCCCACGGACCUAUCAAAUGUUGGCCUUUGACCCUGACGGUGACCGAGUCCGAUGCAGAUAUGGACUACAUCGCAAUACAGAAUGCAGCUCCUGUACCCAGCCUGCGGGCUUUCAAUUGGAUGAGGACACUUGCACUUUGUGCUACAACUACACAAAUUCUGAUCCCAGAGUUUUUGGAUUUGAGUUAGUGGUGGAAGACUUUCCCCAACAGCCCAUCACACUUGUCUACAGUGAUGGAUCCCAUUCCUACAGGCCUCCGCUCACUUAUAGGGGAAAGAGAGCUGCCUGGGCCACUCCUUCUCCAGGUUGGUAUACCACAACCAAAGCAGGACACCCAUGGUCAUCCUGGCAGAACACAACAAGAAACAGGACUACAACCCCACAAUCAUGGUCGCAUUGGAACGCUACAACAGGACAGCCAUGGUCGCGUUGGUCGACUACAACCUCACAACCAUGGUCGCAUUGGAACGCUACAACAGGACAGCCAUCGUCGCGCUUGCUGAUCGCAACAAGACACAGGACUACAACCACACACCCAUGGUCGCAUCGGAACUCUACAACAGAAGGUGGUACUACUGCAAGACAUCCGCACACCCGAACUCCACCUCUUGGCAAACUACCUUUGCAAUUUUCUUUACUGGUGGACCCCCCUGUUCCUUCAUGUCAAGAAGGACUCUACCUACCGACCUUAGUAUAUCCAACGCCUCGAAAUGGAGAACGCAUCCACGCAGAGAUCAACAAAGAAGUGGCAAUCAGAGUCAAAGCACUAGCUAGUUAUACAACAAUACAUGACAUCAUCACGAGUGGGCCAAAGAAUAUGAAGAAGUACAAAAACACGCAUGAUGAGUUUGUCCUAAGGUGGACACCCAGGCCUGGUGACAUAGGUGGACAUCACCCACUCUGCUUUGCUGUUGAAUCAAUCACAUGGUCCGCUCAAACCACACCUCAGCCAUAUUAUUAUGACCCCCAAUAUAACACUCCUCCCCCAACAAAGGUCUAUCAGUCUGAAAUGAGGUGUGUUCUGCUUGAUGUUCGGAAUGAGACAAUUAAAGCUACGGUGAUCUGUACGGAGUCCAAUAUGACGGUGGCCGUGAGCAAAACUUCCCUCCAUGGAAUACAUUUGGAUCGGCUCCAUCUCAGUGAUUCAGCCAAUAUUGACUGCAACCUCCAAACGCACUCCAACAGCACGCACAUCGUUGCCAUCGUCCCCCUCAACUCUUGUGGCACUCAGCUGGAGGAGGAUGAUGAAAAUCUUAUUUUUAAAAAUGAGAUCAACAGCGUGGACAACUUCCAAGACACCAUCACACGGAAAAACAGGCUGGAACUGGAUUUCUGCUGCCAGUAUGCCAAGCGGGGAAAUGUGACGCAGAGUUUCACUGCACACAGAAAGAAUGUCACCGUUUGGGAAAAGGGCUUUGGCAUUUUCACCUACCAGUUUGAGUUCUUCCCAAAUGUUUGGUUCAAAACAAUGAUUAGUCCCAGUCUUUACCCUCUGGAAUAUGACCUAAAAAGCAGGAUUUACAUGAAAAUAGAGGCCUCUACUUCACUCAACAACACUGAACUCUUUGUGGAAUCGUGCAAAGCUGCUCCGUAUGACAACCCCAACUACCGCCCCACCUACACUAUCAUUGAAAACGGAUGUACGGUGGAUCCAACACUUCUGAUCCAUCCUCCUGCUCAUAAGCGGGAAUUCAGGUUCAGCCUUGAGGCCUUCAAGUUCAUUGGACUUCACGAUCAGGUGUACAUCAGCUGUUCAGUGCUGGUGUGUGAGGCGGGUGUACCCUCUACCAGGUGCUCCAGAGGAUGCAUCAACUCCACGUGGCCAGGCCAGGAAGAACACCAUUACAGAAAGCGAGAAGCUGCCAUCCAGAGUGCCAACCACUUUGUUUCCCAAGGCCCAUUGCGUCUGAAGAAAUCAGCAGAGAGUGAUGGAAGCACAGCACUAAAUUUGAAUCUGAACCUGGUAUUCAUCGCUGGAUGUCUUCUCGCAGUUGUUGGCAUGAUCAGCACGGUGGUCAUCUACAAAGCCAAAAUGUCAAGAGUUAAAUAUCAACCUUUGCCAACAUUUGACAGCUAAACACAAAGCAUUAGAAGAGAAAGAAUUCCAAAAUCGCUACAUCUCAAAUUAGAUUUUGAUUGUUUGCAAUCAGAUGUGCUAUUUGGGUAUGCAAAUUAUUGGGUGGGGUGCAUGAAAUGUACGACAUAUGAUUAACCUUGAAACAACAAUUAAUAACGUGCUAAUGCUUGAUUGUUGUGUGCAAUCACAAUAUUAUUACAUUCUGUAAUUGAGUGUAAAUGCCAUGAAAAUCCUAAAAAUGGUAUGCAUAUUAAUAUACAGGAUUUGUGCACAAUGAAAAUACACAUCAAAAGAUUUUGGGGGUAAAAGUAAAAUGGUUGCAAUAUUAAAAGUGAACAAUAUAAAUACCAUCAGUGGUGAGAGGCUGUUACCAGGCGAGGGUGAGUCAAUGGGAACACAUGAUUUGGAUGCAUGACAAGACGUUGUGUCAUUGAUCAAAGUUUGUUACACUUGUUUGACAACCAAUAAAAAAAUAAACAUUCUUAUACUUGUACACUAU